UGUUCAAAUACUUUCAACACACAGGCAUAUAUAUAUAAUAUAUACCUAUAUGCUUAUGUUCACACUUGGCCGUCGGCUCCUGUUGGUAUGGUUUGGUAUGGUUUAUACUAAGUAUCGAUACGGAUAGCGGAUCCGGUGUGAGGGUAGUGAGCGAGCUUUACUGUUCAUGAUACCAAUGGAAAGCUAAACUUUACAGUAAUUCAUCAUGAAUAGCAAACACAGAGAGAUUCUCCAAACUCAUCGAAAGUUUCUUAUUAAGAAUAUCAUAUGGACAGAUGACCUUUGUACUAGAUUACAGCAGGCUUCUCUCCUGCCGGACUCCACUGUCAAAGACAUAAAGGCCCAAAAAGACAGAGAUGCCAAAAUUUCCAGAGUCAUUGAGGUACUUCCUGUACGCGGUGCGCAUGCGUACGAACAGUUCUGUGAUAUACUGCAACUUACCGGGCACUAUUUCCUGUCGGACUUCCUCCGCGAGGAAGAUAUCGUCAGUGAAAAAUAUGACACAAAAGAACUGUACAAAAAGAUGAAGUUCCUGGAGAGGUUAAAAGACAACGAAAAGCAAGAAUUGGAGGAUUAUUUUUUGGAUAAAUUUCGAGGAGACUCGUUACGGAUGGUUUGGAAGCAUGAUUUCCGAGAGAAAGCCAAAGCCAUCGAGGCAAAACGCGAUCAACUUGAACAGCAUUUCACGUAUGAGAUUGCACAGAAGAAAACCAAAGAAGCUGCAAACCAGCUUGAGCACGAAUUAAAAGAUGAAAAGGAAAAUGCAGCAGCUCUGCGAUCUCAAAUCAACAUCAUGAAACAAGAACUGAAGGAGCUGGAAACAAAGAGGAUGACUGAUUUAGGUAAACAGUUAAGGUAUACGGAGGUGAAUGAGUCUGUACUACAAAGAACGAGUAAACGACUUGAACUAGCUGAGACAACUCUUAGGGGUGUCAAUGACAAAAUAUCGAAACUUGUCACCCGAAGACAUCGUCCUACGAACGAAAAGGACGAAAUGGAGUUACAGAAGUACGAGUUUUCCUUCGUGGUGGAAGAUAUGGAUAUAGUGAUGGAAUCUUAUCAGGAUCUUUUAAUGAUUCGUAGAAAGUAUCAUGAACUUCUUGAAGAGAAAGAUUACGUGUUGGCACAUAUGGGACAUACUGAUUCCGCAACAAAACCAACACUAAAGGAUGCAUAUCGCGAUUUCAUCGCGGCGAAUGACACAAAUAUGCAGGAACUGGAAAACAAAAUGAAAAAUGUUCAACGUCUUAUAGAAGAACAGAAAGAACAUAUUUCUGACAUGAAUAAAGAAAAGGCGGAAUCUAAUAACAAAUUCCAACUAGGUGCAAAUGUUUGGCAAGCAGCCAUUAUGAAUGUCAUGAGGAACCAGUUACAAGACGUCAAAAAAGAAUGUAGAGUAAAAGAUACAAGGCUCAAGAUGUACGAAAGUGAAAUGGCCAAGAUGAGAGGGAAAAUCAGCGAUCUGGAAAAGGAAAGGGAACUGAAGAUGAAAACCAUGGCAAUGUCUGGAGAUACAAAGACAAAACUGACUGUGGAAUACAACGGGCGUGGAAGCAGGUCUCCUCGGUCUGCGAGUUCCAUUUCUAGCACAGCCGGGAUAGAUGAUCUAGAGCUAGCGGAGGAAAGGCGUCGACAUGUGGCAUCAUCCAUGGAUCAAAAUCCAAAGCAACACAAAGAACCAAUGCUUCCUCCGCUGAAACCGCAAAUAUUCCACUCAUUGGAUGCAGGUGCACCACGUGCUUAUAGUCCCAGAAAAAACAGCUUCAGGCCGAAGCCGUUGGGGGCAUGGAGCAAGGGGAAUAAUGAGUACAACGUAGCAUCCCAGCCAGAUGGUCUGACUACGGCACCAGUUAAAUUUGGAAGUAGGAAACAACAGUACGGACAGCUGCCUAUGGGUUUCGGCGACCUGAAAAGUAUGUCAAACCAGGGAAAAUCGAAAUUUGAAAAAUCUUUAGGAUCGUCAACAAAAAUAAGGUUUUAAAAUUAGAAAUGAUUAGAAUAUUGAAUGGAGGACGCCUGCUAUAGAUUAGAUGAUUAAUUAUUUAUUGAAUGAGCAGUCACAAAGUUACAAAUUUAUGAAUAUUUUAGAAAACAAAGCGAACACUUCGCCAAAUAUAUAUACAGCACCAAUACAGUUAACACUAGCACUGGUGUUUAAAAUCUGCUAUCUUCAAACGUAUAAUGCAUGUUUAUGAUCAAAUAACGACAACCGUACCUUCGUAAGGUUUAACUACAACUAAUUUCAGCUUAUAAAAUAUCUAAAGUCUUAUGUCGCUAAAUCCACAACAAUUUCUUCUUUCCUGUCCAUGACCUCUUCAUUUGUCCUUUACGGCACUUAUGAAUCAAUUGAUAACAUCAAUUUGCCGGUACUGUACUUUUGCUUAAGUUGUAAUACAGAAUACAGAGACGGAUUCAUAUAAGUUCAUUGUACUUGUUUCUGAAUCCGACUAUUUGCAUUGUUGUUGUUGUAAUGCUUGCUAAUAGUAUUGAUUUAAAUCAAAUAACGACAAAAAUUAUUCAGUAUAUACCGUAUAUUUCGCUUUAUGGAAAUGCUUUCAUCAUAAAAACUGUGGAAUGUGUAUAAAAGUUGAUAUAAAA